UGAUUGAACUUUCUUGUGUAGUUUCUGCGGUGCGGAGGUGUCUCCCCAGCACAGCCCGGCACUAGCUCGGCAAGCGGGAGCUUAGGCCGGCGCCUGCUGUGCCCUGCAGCGCCCGGUUGCCCCUCUGCCCUCCUCUCCGGCAGAACGAUGGUGUGGAGGGUGCCCGGCGCGUCGCUCGCCCUGCUCCUCUGGGUAACAGCCGCCUGCGGCAGCUCCGUCAGGCUGGGGGCUGGCGUCGCCACUGCUGCUGCUCGCAAGCAGGACGAAGCUUUCUCCGCUGCCAGAUGCACCUCCAGGUGCCUGAGCCUCCAGAUAACCCGCAUCUCCGCCUUCUUCAAGCAUUUCCAGAACAAUGGCUCACUUGCUUGGUGCCGGAAUCAUAAACAGUGUUCAAAGUGCCUGGAGCCCUGCAAAGAGUCCUGGGACCUGAAGAAAAACCAUUGCCAAAGCUUCUGUGAGCCUCUUUUCCCCAAGAAGAAUUAUGAAUGCCUGACUAGCUGUGAAUUCCUGAAGUACAUCCUGUCUGUGAAGCAAGGGGACUGCCCAGCACCUGAGAAGGCCAGUGGUUUUGCUGCUGCCUGUGUUGAAAGCUGUGAAUCUGAUAGUGAAUGUUCUGGAGUGAAGAAAUGCUGCUCCAAUGGCUGUGGUCAUACAUGCCAAGUUCCAAAAAAUGUGUACAAAGGUGUUCCACUGAAACCCCGAAAAGAAUUAAAGUUUGUAGAACUUCAGUCUGGAGACUUGGAGGUGAAGUGGUCUUCAAAAUUCAAUAUUUCCAUUGAGCCUGUGAUCUAUGUUGUUCAGAGAAGGUGGAAUCAAGGAAUUCAUCCAAGUGAGGAUGAUGCUACUAACUGGCAAACGGUGGCACAGACUACAGCUGAGCGGGUUCGGCUGCCAGACAUUCGAGCAAGCAGGUGGUACCAGUUCCGUGUGGCAGCUGUGAAUGUGCAUGGGACGAGAGGCUUCACAGCACCCAGCAAGCACUUCCGAUCCUCAAAAGAUCCAUCUGCUCCACCAGCUCCUUCUAACAUCAGAAUCGCCAAUAUCAGUGGAAACAAUGAUGGGAAUGUAAAUGUAAUGAUUGCAUGGGAUCUUCCUGAAGAGCCUGAUAUCCCAGUGCAUCACUACAAAGUCUUCUGGAGCUGGACAUAUAGCAAAUAUGUAAUCCCAGCUAAAAAAAAGAGAAGGAAGAUUACUGAUGGGGCCCAAAAUUAUGUGGUCCUGGAGGGACUCCAACCCAACAGCAACUACAAUGUCGAACUGCAGGCGGUAACACGUUGGGGUCAGAUACGCCUAAAAAGUGCUAAGGUUUCUCUUCAUUUUAGCACAACUCAGGACACCAGGAAUAAUAAGGAACAGCCAUCUUCUGCUGGGAAACCCCAGAAAAGACUGGUUGAUCCUUACUCAACAUUUCAAAGAAGAAAAAACACUCGUUUUCUUAAAAUUGGAACUCCAUUCUAUCAAGACAAUCAACUUCAGGUCAAAGUCUACUGGAAGAAGACAGAUAUCAGCAUGAAUCAAUUCCAGGUCCGCUGGUUACUGGAGUCCUGUGCACACAAUGACACCAAAGGACUUGGAAAAGUAACUGAGCUGACUUAUGAAAACUACAUGAUUCUGAAGGACUUGUUGUUUUCAUGCAAAUAUAAAGUGACUGUUUUGCCUGCAAAAUCUAAAGGUCAAUUUAAGGCUGAGAGUACUUUCUUCGUUACCCCACCUUGCUCUGUGUUUAAAGAAAAAAAACACAAUCACAUUAAUUGUCCUGCUGAAGGAGGGCCAGUUCUACCCAAAGUGUUGGCCAAACCCGAGAAUCUAUCUGCGUCUUUCAUUGUUCAGGGAGGUAACAUCACUGGUCAUUUUUCCUGGAAGAUAUCUAAGGCUGACAUUCACCAGCCCAUGACAGGGUUUCAAGUCACUUGGGCAGAAGUAAGCACAGAAAGUCGGCAGAACAGCUUACCCAACAGCAUCAUUUCACAGUCACAGAUACUUCCAGCAGAUCAUUAUUUACUUACUGUGCCAAAUUUGAGGCCAUCAAUGCUGUACCGCUUGGAAGUUCAGGUGCUGACAACUGAUGGGGAAGGGCCAGCUACAAUAAAAUCAUUCCAAACACCUGACCUUCCUCCACUUUCACCCCACAGACCUCAUCUGAAGCAACAUCAUCCACAUCACUAUAAACCACUGCCAGAGAAAUAUUAGACUGUUUCAGCUGAUUAAACAAAUAACAGAGAAAAACUGAGGUCUGAAAUGAGGGCUGAGAGAAGGCACAUCUGUAGGAGCAGUGAACCCAGUUUUCCAGUGGGAGUUACCAUCCUAAAUCAGUUUAGCAGCUCACCCUUCAAGUCAUCUUCCAAAUCCAAAAUGAAAAUGAAAAAUACAAGGUCAAUAAAGCUCAUGCAUAGAUUUUAAAUUCUCAGCUAUAAGUGGUGUCCUGGUUAUCCUUUGAAUUUAGCAGUACAAGAUUUAAAGUUGUCAGUGCAUAAUUCAUAAAGCCUUGUUUGCUGAAUGAUACAGGGUAUUGUUAUAAUUUACUAAACUAAAUCAACUAAGCAUUUAAUUCAGCAAUAGAGUUGUAAUUUGCUACUUGAUUCACUAGUUAAAGAUUUAUUUUCUCUAGUGGUGUUGUGUUAUAGAGAGUUGAUAUAGAUAAUAGGAUGUUUUUAGAUACUCUGCAUCUUUACAUUAAUGUAUUAUUUGCUGUGUACGAUUUUGAUGGAUUUGUCAGUUGACUUCAGGAUGCAUUUUAUCUUUAUUCCUUAAGGAGAAUUACAAGAUUAUGCCAUUUUUUGCUAGCUGCUUUGUGAAGUGGGUUGGGUUUUUGUUUAUUAGUAAUUUUUGUUUAAGAGAGAAUGGUUUGUUCUUGUUAUAUCUUUUUUUAUUGUAAAAGUAUAGAUGUUUUAUAGAUGUUUUAUAGAUGUUCGAUUUGCCUCGACACUCUUCCCACAUUUUAUCAUCUUGGAAUUGUUUAUAGAGCAGGAGAAAUUCAAAUAAGACAGAACUUGUGCUGUGUCAUCUGUGUGUAUUGUUUUGCAUCAUUGUGAUGGUUUAACCCACGCACAUUAACAAAAGCUUGGCUGAACGCAGUUGGGGAAGAGAAAUGGAACUGUAUUUUACAAGCAAUAAUGGAAUGCAAUGAACAUAUACAAAAUACACAGUAUUUACAAUAUUAUACAGGUGUUUACAUAAGGCAAACAGUACAGAAAUCCUCCUUGGGCAGGAGGACACUGCCCCACUUCCCCCCAACCUUUCCCCUCCCUUUAUGCUCUGGUUAAUUAGAAGAAAAGAGAAGAGGAAAUAUGUUAGGGGAAUUUCAGUUAGUUCAAAAGCUUCGUUAGAAAAGCUAGUAGUGCUUAUCUCUAGUUUGCUGAUUCAGAGUCCUUCAGCAAAGCAGCCAGCAUGCCAGCA